AUGGCAUCUUGGGAUCAUAUGGGGGAUUUUGCGAAUAUAGCGCAGUUGACUGGUGUUGAUGCUGUGAAGUUGAUUGGUAUGAUUGUGAAAGCUGCGAGUACUGCAAGGAUGCAUAAGAAAAAUUGCAGACAAUUUGCACUGCAUCUGAAGUUGAUUGGAAACUUGUUGGAGCAACUCAAGAUCUCGGAGCUGAAGAGGUAUCCAGAAACUAGGGAGCCUUUAGAGCAGCUUGAAGAUGCUCUUAGAAGAUCUUAUAUGUUGGUUCAUAGUUGUCAAGAUAGGAGCUACCUUUAUCUGUUGGCAAUGGGGUGGAAUAUUGUUUAUCAGUUCAGGAAGGCUCAGAAUGAAAUUGAUAGAUAUCUGCGGCUCGUUCCUCUUAUUACUCUUGUGGACAAUGCUCGAGUCAGGGAAAGACUUGAAUAUAUUGAAAAGGAUCAACGUGAAUACACAUUAGACGAUGAGGACCAACAGGCGCAUACCGUUAUUUUAAAACCAGAUCCAGACAAGGAGGAUACUGCGGUGCUGAAGAAAACUCUUUCAUGUUCAUACCCCAACUGUUCUUUCACUGAAGCGAUUAAAAAAGAAAAGGAAAAGCUUAACCUAGAGCUACAGAGGUCACAAGCAAAUUUGGAUAUGAAUCAAUGUGAAGUCAUUCAACGGUUAUUAGAUGUCACCAAAGUAGCAGAGUAUUCUCUUCCGAACAAGGGUUUACCUGAAAAAAAUCAUAAGAAAGAAAAAUACGAUUCUGAUUCCAAUGAUGACAAGCGUCUCUCAUCUGAUGAAAAUUACCAUUCAAAAGUUGAUACUAUUUCGCCAACAAGAUUUUCUGUUUCCAAAAAUGACGUGACCUCAACUCGAGGUGGAGGUUCAUAUCAACAGGAAGAUUGGCACACUGAUUUACUUGCUUGUUGCUCCGAACCUUCUCUUUGUAUGAAGACACUCUUCUAUCCUUGUGGAACAUUUUCCAAGAUUGCUUCAGUUGUAAGAAACAGGCCCAUGUCCUCUGCAGAAGCGUGUAAUGAAUUGAUGGCUUAUUCGUUAAUUUUGUCAUGUUGCUGCUAUACUUGCUGCAUACGGAGAAAGCUUCGGAAGAUGUUGAACAUCACGGGGGGCUUUGUUGAUGAUUUUCUCUCGCAUUUGAUGUGUUGCUGCUGUGCCCUUGUACAAGAAUGGAGAGAAGUGGAGAUCCGUGGGAUUAGUGGUGCUGAAAAGACCAAAACAAGCCCUCCACCUUCCCAGUACAUGGAAUCUUAA